AUGGCAGUCGAAAAAACUAUUAAUUUCAGACCAUGUUUCACUGAGGUGCAAGUUGUGCAUUACAACACAGAAAGAUAUUGUGCCUCAUGGUUUUUCUUCGUGUGCUUAAAGUAUCGAUAUCGAACACGUGCCUAUUACAGCCUUGAGAAACGUUGUUGUCAUGGUUACACUGGAAAUCUCUGCACCACUCCAAUUUGCAGCUGCCAAAAUGGGGGUACAUGUGUAGCCCCAAAUAUUUGUAGAUGCUCAUCAGAAUAUGAAGGGAACUCUUGUCAAACACCAAGAUGUUAUCCUUCAUGUCAUCAUGGACACUGUGUCAGCCCAAAUAGAUGUAGCUGUAACACGGGGUAUACAGGAUCUACUUGCUCUCAACCUGUGUGCAACCCACCGUGUCAUUAUGGCGGAGUUUGUAUAGGUGUAAACAGUUGUCGGUGUCCAUCAAAUCAAGCUGGGCCUUACUGUAGACAGCCACUUUGUAAUCCUGCUUGUUUAAACGGUGGAUCGUGUACGUAUGGACAUACUUGCGAUUGUUCUGGAACUCACUACACAGGGAUUAAGUGUGAAACACCUGUGUGUAAUCCACCGUGCCAAUCAGGGGGAACCUGUGUAAGCCCAAACACCUGCCAGUGUCCCUCAAGUCAUGCCGGACCUCACUGUAAUCAACCAUUGUGUAACCCUGCAUGUUUAAAUGGCGGUGUUUGUACCUCUUCACAUACAUGUAAUUGUUCGGAUACCCAGUAUACAGGGGCACGGUGUGAGAUACCUGUUUGCAAUCCUGCGUGCAGAAACGGCGGAAGUUGUGUUGCUCCAAACAAAUGUGUUUGUACAGAACAACAUACAGGGACGACCUGCAAUAUUCCUGUGUGUAGUCCUGAAUGUGCAAAUGGUGGUGUUUGCACCCAACAACAUGUCUGCAAUUGUUCUGAGACACUAUACACAGGAACUACGUGUGAAACACCUGUGUGUGAUCCAGCUUGUCGAAAUGGUGGAGCCUGCGUUUCACCUAACAGAUGUUACUGUACAGAGACGUAUACUGGAGCGAGUUGUGAAAUCCCAAUGUGUGCCCAUCAUCAUCCCUGCUUUCCGGGAGAAUGCAACAAUAUGAUUCACUGCAGAUGUACAUAUGGGUUUUCAGGAGAAGGAGGGCUUGAAAGAUGUAAAACAUUUGAUGCGAAUAACAUUCCAGUCAUUACCAAGUGUAUGUCAGUUCUAAGCAAUAUUGAAAGAACCGGGAAGAAAAGAGAGCUCUACAAAUAUAUAACAGACUCUUCCGAGCCAAAUUCUACAAAAGUAGACAUGCUUUGGUUAAACCAAAAAGACUAUAACUAUAUUAACGCUGAUUUCACAGCGAUGUAUGUCCCACCGGACGGUAUUGCACCUCCGAUAUACGUCACGGAUUUUGCAUUCGGCAUUGUUGGGGCAUAUUUGAGAAUAGAUUUGUAUAAAGUCCAUAGAAAUUCCUCCGACAAAGCGUUUGUCAGUUUGAAUAGCACAACAUACCCCUGUCCAAACCAGCCUGGUUCGAACAAUCCGAACGAGGCUGUGUAUUCAUGCAAUGUCACACAUCAUGAUUUCGAUCGUCUUUUGGAAAACGGCGAUAAGUAA